AUGGAAAAAGGGUCCGCGCUUCAGCUAACGGAUGUGUUGUCAGCGGAGGUGUGGGCCUACACUCCACCGCAAGGAACGGAGGGCGUGUUCACAGGCAAACGACAACGAGUUAGGAGCAAACAGGAGCAAAGAGAAAGCCGUCGGCGGGAACUCUUCUCGAAGUUCGAUGAAGGCAUCCAGCUUGACGAGGAGAUGUGGUGGUCGGUUACCCCCGAACAACUCGCCGUACAUACAGCAGAGCGGUGUCGCUGUGAUUUGAUAUUAGACGGAUUUGCAGGGGCUGGGGGUAACACUAUUGCGUUUGCGAGGUCGUGCGGAUUUGUCAUAUCUUGCGAAAUAGACCCGGUGCGCAUCGAAAUUGCCAAGGCAAACGCUGCAGUCUACGGCACGAGGGUGUUCAGGGUGGUCUGUCUGCUCAGGCCUUCCUUGCUCCCCCCUGGGGAGGCCCAAGUUACAACGCCCGGGAGGCCUCGUUCUGUGUGUCUUUUGCCGCUGCUCCGCGCCGCAGCGCUGUUUGCCUUACGAAGAGACGCUGCGAGGAGGGGAGCCGCCUCUACUCAGGGUGGCAAUGACAUUACUACCUCUUCUCCUGCAGCACAUGUCUCAGAAAAUACAGCAGCGAAUGGCCUGCCAGGAAACUGUGAUGGGGAAGAGGCUCCUGCCUGUCCUACAGUGGUGCCUCGCAUGCGCAUAGAGCUGGCGCUGUGUCGUUCGAGACGAGAUGCAGGCAACGUGUCUUUUGAACAGCUCUGCAGUUACGAAGGCCUUGCUCAUCUGGCCUCUUGUCUGUGUAGAGUUGUUUGGAAGGCUCGUCCGCGACGCGAAGAGUCUCCUGCGGACUCCGCUGACGAACAAGAGGAAGAACCUAACCCCAAACGCAGACGGAUUAAUUCUGCAGGUUCGGCGGGACAGGCCUCAGCUCAAGCACUGGCAGCUAUAGCGCAUGCCCGGUGGGAAGCAGCAGAGGCAGCUGAAGAAGAGAUGCAACUUUUGGAAGGGAAAGCACAACUUGAGUCGUACGGGGCGCUGAGAGACUUUGUUAGAGAGAGUCUACAGACAUAUGCGCAUAUCGACGACUCCCCAAGGGAAUGGAGGUGGCUACCUGUCGAUUUGUUGUGGGGAGCAGCUCCGUUGACAAAGGGUUUGAUUAAAGACCCGUUUCACAUUUUGAGUAGACGCCUGCAGGCUGCACAUAAGAAGGGACAGAACGGUAACCCACAGGAGGCGACGGGGCAGGACUCGGCAUCCGCAGUGCUGCCUUUUCUGGACGGCUUGUUGCACUCUCCGUUUCCUUGUGCCUGUAGACAUAUCGAUUCCUGGCGAUGGCGGGCUGUGGGCGUGACUGCGUUUUUCGGUCCAUUUGGAGAUCAGCAUGGCGCUUUUCAGGCACAGGUCGAUGUAGGCGCUCAUGGCGGUGAUGGGGCUGUUUGUACUACUCGUAGUCAUAGUCGCACUUGCGCUUCGGAGCUGCAUGAACUGCAGCAGGGGACCGAAGGCAUGGAAGCUCUAGAAGAAGGCAAAAGGCUGCGCCGUGAUGUCAAACGCAUUUUCACAGCCCUUCUUCAGGACGUCCUACAGUUCACCGGGAUCCACGCCCCUGACUUCGAUCCUGCGGCGGGUGAAUUGUCUCAGGAGUCAACAGAAGGAACGCUGUCCUUGGGUCCGUCAGGCCCUACGAGCAACUUUGAAUCAGAAAGGCCAGGACCCGAAGGCAAUUCACGUUUGGGGGACCCAGACAAUGCCAAAGGAGAAGCCGCUCUGUGUUCGUCAGAUACGCACCCAGACAUCCAGGGGCCGCCACAGCAGGCGGCGAGCAGUAUUGCGUGCUUCGCAAGGCAGCAGCGCACUUCAGAGGAUUGCCCUCCUCGAGCGCGAUAUGCGGCAAGAGAGAGCCGGACCUCAGACCCAGACCCAGCUAGUGAGGACUGCCACAGUGGAUCAGAAGGAGGAAAAACUCGACACGAGUGGAGAGCCUUUGCUCGUCGCCUUGUGGCCGCAGCCGCAAAGAAGGUUGUCAAGGCUCGAGGCGCGUGUGCCAGCGGGAGAUGCCGCUGUGGAGCUGGCUCAGGAGCUGAGCCAUACGGUGGUUCCAAGGCAAAAUGUGCGUGGCGUUCGUUUAUUUGGAGUGAGUGCAGGAAGCUGCUGCACAGCUAUCUGGCAGCUGCCAGCAGCCACACGACUACUCUGCGUCUUGCACUGCCUCGACUUCCCUCGAAGAAAAAGAGAAAGAAGAGGCAGCAAACGUCAGAAGCGCCAUUGUCUACAGAACCGCUGCCACCGACGGCUCGACAGGACUUUCUUCGGCGCGUAAUGGAUGCGUACCUUUCGUCACACUGGGCCUCCACGGACUCGCAGACAAGGACAGAAGCAAAAUUUACAUGCUCACCUCCCGCUGAAAAGGACGUUGUCAACGAUUCGACAGAUAAUGACCGCGGUGACCAGACCCCCAAAGAGGGAGAAACACAAGAUAGGGGAGGAGAGGAUGAUCCGGGGCUAUGGACUCCCGAGGAAGUGCUGCACUGGCAGCUUGGCUGCAGCAUGUGGUGCAACUCAGCACUGCGUCUGCUCAGCGCUCACCACCUGGCGCCGCUACUGCAGCUGCAUUCAUGGGGCGACGUUACGAGAGGCGUUGACCAGGACUCCGGCCCAGAGAUAUCUCUUUGGUAG